CGCCGCCGCGGCCGUCCCGCAGCCCAACCUCACCCCCCGGCACCGGCAGCUCAUCCCCACGCCCUGCGGCCCGGGUUCGGCUUCAGUAAAACCUCGUUUUCAAACAGCGACGUUAAUUCAUCGGAAGCUCCCGCAGCUGCGCGAGUUCCAGGAACGUUACCCGCGUGUACAGAAAGCACAGCCAGCUGGAGCCGCGUCGUAGCUCAGCCCUUCCUCCAGGCGCCACUCUGCUGCCAUGUACCUCUCCUUAUCGCCAGCACCACAGGAAAGCCAAGCGUUUGUCUCCACCACUGCCUAGGAUGAACAAAAAACCCUGUUUCUCACUCAAAUCCUUUGCAGCUUGCUCCAAAGGGUGAACCUGUCUUGACAGUUGUUCCAAAGGCCACAGUAAGGGGCUCUGGGAAGAAGCUACUUGCUGAACUUUGCUGUGUUUUGGCAGGUGCAGGUGUGGGUAUUGGCAGUCUGAGUUUCAGGAGAUGAAAUAACACUGUGGCCCUUGUGAGGCACUGAGAAAAUCAGAAGGCAGUCUAUAGGCAUAAACCACAAAAGUUAGGCUGAGAUUAAUUACCAAAUAAUAGCCAUUUCCCUUCCUUGGGAGUUCUGCAGUUUCAGUUUAACUGUGGAGACUGUCUCUUCUGUUUUCCAAGGAAAACCCUCCACUUGUGCCACGUAGCCAAGUUGCUUUAACGUGUUCCUCAGGCACAGCAACUAGCUUAUACUGCAUUACAUGUUUAAAUAUGUUCUUCCUUCACAGAUAAAGCCAUGUUCAGAGCUAUCACUUCCCGUGAAGAUCUACUUCUGUGUCACUAUUUUGUCUCUGCUAAGUGUGAUAGGGCUAACCAUAGAGACACUCGUUCGACAGACUGAGGAAGAUUUCACCAUUUCUCUUAUUCAGUUGGUGGGAGUUGUGUUCUGUGUGUACUACGUGACUAGAGGAAUCCUGCAGGAGAACCGCCAGGAGCUCAUCGUCUUCGUCCUUUCCAUCUUGCUCGUGAUGUUUCGUUCCGUUGUCAACUUCACAGUUCUCCCUGAUGAGCAAAAGCCAAAGCUCCUGGCUCGCUUCGUUCUGAUCCUCUUGGUGGGCUCCUUUGACGUCAUCUGCGCCAUCAUCCUCAUUCAGAGUCAGAGCAUGAUGGCCUUUCGAGUGGGUGGUGCUCUAGAAAGCCUACAGUCACAGUACUUCAUGCUGAACCUCUGUUUUUCCAUGUUGACCUUUGAUCUUCAGGCACAGCUCUGCUUGUGUAUUCUGCUGAUAAGCCUGCAUGAGAUCACCCUUCUGCAUAACAUCAUCUCAGCAACAGGGGUUCUUUGGGCCUGCCUGAAGGUGACCAUUAGCAUCAUUGCAAUUCUAAAAGAACUGAAACCUCUGGUGUGGAUUUUCCUGGGUCAGAACAUACCUGAAGUAGCUUAUCUCAUCUACCUGCUGUACACGGUGAUAAGGGAGUGGGGCAAAGGGAAUUCUUACACUCUGGAGGCUGCUUUCAUUACCGGCUCCUGCAUUUCUGUUGCAAUAAAAGCUGUUUUGUUUUGGGCACUGAUCCACGUCUACCGCAGCUUUGGGCAGGGGCUGAGAGAAAGAAUGUUUUCUUCCUAUGGAAGGAUCGAUUCCUGAGCUGCAGCUCUUACAGAGUGAAAUCACAGCUGAGGACACUGUGAUCAAGUCCUUGCACUGAGGAUGUAAGAGAAGGGAUCAGUUUCACUGAGGCAGAGGAAGUUGCUCAGAAAAUUCUUGCAUGUUUCUUGGUUUGUACUGUGCUGGGGAACUAUAGCAGUGCAGCUGGUAACUUGAGCUUAAAAAGCAGAGUGUGCUGGGGAAAUUAACACUAAUCCUCUCGAUUCACUGAGUUUUGCUGACAGGAUAAUGCAUCUUUCACUCCUUAUUUCCCUGAUGCUGCUUUGUAACUGCAAGAGGUUCACAACAUGCAUGUGAGUGGGGAAUCUUGUUGGUAUGAAUGCUGUUUUUCUGGAUAGACACAAACACAAUGAAACGAGCCUGCACACCCACUUUGUGUGCCUGAGCCUGGAUCUGGAUUGCCCUGCCACCAUUUCUCAACUCAGAUCUGUUGCUGCACAGAGGUCAGGCCCCAAAGCUGUCCUGGUAACAGCUGUGUUCCCUGAUCUCCACUCUGUGCAAUGGCUUAACCCCAAGAGCAGAGUCAGGGCUCUUGUUCUGACUUUGGAACACUUGAAUUAUUGUACUGUUCUUUUAAAAUCCCAGUGUAACCUCCUUCCUUCCCACAGCACUCUAACUGGUGUGCCAUUUCAUACCCGAGGAUGACACUACAACUAAGCCCUUAAUAUUGUCAUGCAAAAGCUUGGGGGCUUUACUGAUUGAGCCCUUUAGCUACUGGCUGUUUUUAAUAAAGUGUCAACACAG